CUUCCUCAUUUUUCCUCCUCCUUCAAACCCAAAACCAAACGCUUUUAAUUAACCCAAAACAAACACACCACAAAGCUCAAAGUGCACAAUACCCAUUAACAUUGAUCACCGAUUCAACAAUAUGGGAAACUGUGCGUUCAAAGGGUUUCCUCUGCAAGAAGACAUGAUGGUGAAGGUGGUGACCUCAAACGGUGGCAUCAUGGAGCUUUACACUCCCAUAACCGUUGAGUACAUAACCAACGAGUUCCCUGGAAACGGAAUCUUCCAAAGCCGCCAUGACUCAUUGCCACUCGCCAAAAACGAAGAGCUUCAUGGUGGUGAAAUCUACUACCUCCUCCCUCUCAACCCUUCUUCUUCUGGCAAGGGCACAAACAAAAACCUAGAUGACACAGUAGAAACCUUAACACCGUACCGUAUGUCUACGUGCGACAAGAAUAACAAGAACAACAAUAACAACAACAACAUGUGGUCGGAACCUGAAGUGUUUCCGAGGUACAACAGUAGCGGAGUGUGGAAGGUCAAGUUGGUAAUAAGCCCCCAGAAGCUGUCGGAGAUUUUGUCUCAGGAAUCGAACACGGAGGCGUUGAUAGAGAGUGUAAGGACGGUGGCGAAGUGCGGCAAAGGGGUGCCGGCGUCGGUGGCGAAUUCCGACCAAUGGAGUGUGUCCAGCAGUUGGAAGGGUUCUAUGUCAGAGAAAAUGAGUUUAGAUAUUUAAUUUCCCUUUUUAUUAUUGUUUAAUGACCCUGAUUUUAUAUAUAUAUAUAUUGUGUUCUUCAUUUGUUU